GAACUGACGUAGACUAUACCUGUAAGAAAUUAAGAAAUGGGUCAAACAACGUCCUCACCAAAAUCUCUCGAGUCACCUUCAAGUUGUCCCAUCCAACACCAAACACUUGCCGCUUCAGGUUGCCCGAUCCAGCAUGACUCCUCAUCCAAACCACAAUGCCCCAUCGACCACACCGCUACGGGGCUCAACCCACUCAACCAAAUGCCCACCCUCUCCCAAUCGCCCGCCCCACACCAGUCGCUAGAGUUGCCGACGCAGCGCACCGAGUCGUCCAUCCCGCGUGACCCAGCUGCGAAGUGGGAGUACCCGUCGCCACAGCAAUUCUACAAUGCACUGGUGCGCAAGGGAUGGGAGACGCCCGAGGAGCAUGUGGAGACGAUGGUGGAUAUACAUAAUUUUUUGAACGAGCAGGCAUGGCAGGAGGUUCUCAAGUGGGAGAAGAGGACGGGAGCUGAGGAAGAACCCCACCUUGCGCGCUUCAAGGGACGACCAGGGGAGAUAUCACCAAAAGCACGGUUCUGGCUAUUUGCUGGCUGGCUUCUCCCGUCACGAUUCAAUGCUGAACCGCCAUUCGAUCGUCAUGACUGGGUGGUUCGCCGUCCAAAAACCGGGGAAGAGGUUCGUUAUGUGAUCGACUACUAUUCCGCACCAACCCAGUCAGAUGGCGCGCCCGUGUUUUCACUGGAUGUACGACCUGCGCUGGACAGCUUUGGUAGCGUAAAAGAGCGUAUAUCGGUAGCUACGGAGGAGGCAUGGUCUACGUUCCGCGAGACAAACAAUUCGCGGCCAAUAGGACGUGAUUCGUAGACGACAUGCACUAGGAUAUUGAGUAUUAUAUAGACAGCAUAGCUACUUAAUUACACCGCUCAGCCAUUAUUGAAUGCACUUGCCAUUGAUGAUUUUCAUCCGUUCGGCAAGAGAGGGUUGUAUAUC